GAAGUUUGCAAGGAUUCCAUUUACAAAUCCUGUCGAGCUGUUCAGGGGAAAAAGAAAAGCCACUGACUACCUCUGCAAUUAUCCAGAGUACAAUUCAGUUCAUCACCACAUAGCCACGACAAAUGGAUCUUUUGCAGACAACCAGUGCGAGCAACAUGAGAUCUCAGCAUCUUGUUCUGGUGUCUCUCUUCUGCUUUUGGACGGUCUUCUCUGAGAAAGUGUCAGAAAACCUGGGUGCAGAACAAGGUAUCCCAGAGGAUAUCCUGAGCAGAAUCGCUCAAGCAGAUAUCAGAAGUGUCUAUGAUCUUGAGGAUCUCCUAGGCAUUCAAGCCUCAGAAAUGCGACCCCAACCCAAAAUAUUAGGAUAUUCGAGCACAAAGCCAGCCAGCUGCAAACCAAGACCGAUUUCCGUAGAGAUUCCACGUUACAAGGUGGAUCCCAGCUCAGCAGGCUUCUUCCUGUGGCCAUCGUGUGUUGAAGUGGAUCGUUGCUCUGGGUGUUGUAACACCAAGACCUAUAAGUGCAUUCCAUCCCUUACCCAAUUCAAGUCCUUUCAGAUAGCAAAGCUGACCUACCGAUAUGGCAGGAAAGAACUCAGUGUUCACACAGUCACCGUCCAAGAACAUAUAAGCUGCAACUGCACAGAGCUCCCAAGAAGACACAUAAUGAGGUACAACAUAAGAUACUACAGGCAAUCAACUAACAACUGAAAAAAAAUCUCACCGUCAGCAAUAACAGCAAGGAGAUUAUACAUGAUAUAUUGCAUGCAUGAGAAGCUUUUUCUUCCUCUUUUUUGGACUGCACAGUCAUCAAGUGGCUCAUAUAAAGACUUCUCAAAACUGGGACUUGGAAACACCAGAUUUGGUACUGUGUACUACUACUUUGUAGUACUUUGUACUGUGGAUGCAAUGGGGGAAAAGGCCUGGUUUACCAACACUUGUGAUGUGCAAGAAAUGUGUACUUGCUCCCUAUUUACACAAUUCUAUAGCUACAGUGCAUUGCUAGUGAAAAUUUAUAUUAGCUCCAUCGUGUAAAGGUUAUCAAAGCUCAAUCUGGGCCUUUUGGAUCAAUGAGACGUUUUAUUUUCUAAACUGUCUUUUGUGCUGUUUAAAGGGCUUAUGCUGCACAUUGAAGAUUUAUGGCAAGUUUUCUACGACAAUCUAAUAAAACAGGAA